AGGUGAUAUCAAUCAAAUGUUACAAUGCAGAGAUAGUUGUUGUGUGUGCAAGUUCAUCCAGGAUGGAGGGAUUAACAAAAUUAAUCUUUUUCAUCGCUGUUUUUUCAAUUUCGGGGAUACUUUGCACAUAUACCACAGAGACUCCGACAACAGAAGGGACAACAGAAGAGACAACGGAUGUGUCAUCAACCUCCCAGGAGACCACGACACAAUCAUCAACGCAAUCAACAACCACUAUAGCAGAUACAACGUCAACAACACUGGCAGCGACAACUGAGACAACAGUUAGUGACACAACAACAACUAGCGCUCCUGAUGAAUCUGUCUCCACUUCUCUGGAAUCGAUCAGUGGUUUGCAGAUUGAUUAUCCCACAUAUUCAAUGAUUGGAGAAUUGACGAUAUUCAACAUCUCGCUGAAUAGUGGGACAAAGCACACGACCGUAGCAGUAAUAGAAAAUCAAACUACAGUGGUUUGUGUUGAAGACAGCGACGCUUUGGUCUUUGACUGGACGUACAACUUCACCAGAAAUGGCGCUAUCAACUUGGAGAUAAUCAUCACUAACGACGUGUCGCAGGCGUCUGCCUCUCUUACCAUAUACAAGUACUAUGCCAUCAAUGGAAUAUCUGCAACGAAUGUUAGUGGAGUGUAUAACACAAAUGAAAAUAUACAGGUGAAUUUUAUCAUUGAUUCCAACGCUGAGAAGCCUCAGGGUUCGGUGUGGUUCAAUGUCACGUGGGGAAAUGGGAAUUUGUCAGAGGGUACAUUGGAUGUUGAGACGUCGUCUCCCGAGUCAGCCUCGCACGCAUACACACUUCAAGGAAACUACACAGUCGUUUUAACUCUGAGUUCCCAAGUACAGUCCUACAACAUUUCUUAUACAGUCUACGUCUGGGAUCAACUAAAUGUUGUUCUAUAUUCCAAUCCAACAGCAAAAUUAAACGAAAUUGUAUCAUUUGAAUUUAACAGUCCACCAUAUUCAAAUUUUCGAUACCUUGUGACGUAUGGAGACGGCACCACGAAGGAAAAUUCCGAUUUGGACUUGUAUCGGCUAUACGAUAUUUCGCCUUGGACAAAAUCGUAUUCCACGGCUGGAGAAUACAACGUCACCCUGACAGCAUGGAAUCCCAUCUACACCACGUCCAUGAGCUAUGUUGUCAACGUCACAGACUACACCCCUGUGCGUCUGAUUGGCGGAGACGUUCAUUUUGAGGGAUCGGUGGAAGUGUUUUACGCUGGAAGCUGGAGGUCACUGUGUGACACGAACUGGAACAAUAUGACGGCGAAUAUUGUGUGUUUUAUGGCAGGGUAUUCCAGGACCUCAGCUGUAGCAUACUCCAAUUCGUACUUUGGUGUUGGUGAAGCGUCACGCAUGAGUAUUCAUUGUGAAGGCUUGGAGUGGGAUACCGAGGAGUGCUUCCCGAAUUCGGAAACCAUUACCUGUCCUGUUGCCGGAGUCAGGUGUUCAACAGACGGUGUCUUCAUGUUUAAGUUAUCCUACGGUCAGGAUUCUACUGUUUCAAUGCCAAGUAGCGAGCAGUCUGUCAUUAACUUCGACUACGUUGCGGAAUUGCCAUCCUUUGAUGCCAUCAUUACCAACAGCACCACGCUGAGCACACAAAACGUCCAGUAUAGCACAGAAAACAAAACCAUCCGAUUGACCUUGACCCCGUCACUGUUUUCUGACGUUGGAUUUGGAACUCAUGUGAUUUUAUUCAGAUUAUCAAACGAAAAUCACACCAAGGACGUUGAAGUUAUAGUGAAUUUUGAAGAAAAUAUUAGCCAGUUUGAGGUUCAAUACAACAGUUUUAACGAAUACGAAAAAUCAGCUUUCUUCAACGCUUCCGUGGCGAGUGGAUCGAACCUGCGGUUCAUUUGGGUUUAUGGUGAUGACACGGUGAUAACUUGCAAUUACACAGGGAAUACAACAAGGUUUUUCCAGUUCAAUCACACGUUUAUAGAUUUCGGAACUAUAAAUGUCACAGCCAUAGCAUCGAAUGGCAUUAUGACAGCAACACAGACAUUCACCGUUUUUGUUUUUCACAAAAUAAACGGAAUUUCGAUUAAUACAACUAAAUCAACUUACCAAACGCUGGAGAAUACCGAAAUAAUUCUCCAGGUUGCCGAAACUGCCCUUCAACCACAGGGGCAGGUAAACACCACAAUAGAUUUCGGAAAUGGUAACAUUACGAACUUCAUGUUGGCUGCAAACGAUACGAACUUAAUCCCAUACCUACCUUUCACCCAACAGUAUACCAUCCAAGGAAACUAUACAGUUCAAAUGGUGCACAGUGCUUACGGCAACACCAUGAACGAAACAUUGUAUAUCCAGAUAUGGGACGAACUAACUGUCAAUCUUUCAUCUGUUACCCAGACGAAAGUCGAUAUAGAUAUAGAGUUCAGUUUUGGUUCAACACCACGGUCAAAUUUUAUGUAUCAUAUUUCUUUUGGGGACGGAACAGUUGUACAGAAUCAGGAAAGCGACCUCUAUCGUGAAUAUGAUUUCCAGGGCUGGAACAAGUCCUACACACAUCCGGGGAUUUACAACGUUUCUAUGACGGCAUGGAACCCCGCCUAUACCUCUUUCUUUUCUUAUCCUAUCAAAGUCACACAAGAUCAGAUAAUGAAUUUUACAAUAGAAGACGAAUAUCAACAGAACAUAAAGUAUUUUUACGGGGAUACAACAGAAGUUCUGUUUUAUUUCGAAACUCUCAAUGACCUCGUGAUAGACGCGGAGCUGGAUUUAAUGAUUGGAGACACAGAAAUCAACUCCAGCAUGAUUGUUAUUAACCAGACAGAGGCGAAAGAAAAGCUGAUCCAUCUCCCUCUGCAGCACGUAUUAUAUACUGUUCCUUACGGAAACCACUCCCUGAAUGCAACUCUUUAUGCCCAAAACAGAACUGAGUUUCGAUCUAUCAUUGUGGUUUUACACUACGAAGAAAGAAUAACAGGCUUACAGGUUUCUUUUGAAGAAAAUGUUGAAGUUGGAACAGUAGCUGAAUUUCACGCUUCACUGAUAAGCGGAUCGAAUUAUGACGUCGAAUGGAUUCACGACAAUGUUUCAAACGUUUUCAGUUACUCAAACAACGAAACGCGAGCGUUUAGCUAUAACUAUACAUUUCUAUACACGGGAGAUGUAACUGUGACUCUUCAUGUAACCAACUUGGUUUCCGCUCAGAAUUUCACACUGUUGUUUCACAGUUAUUACAAAGUCAAUGGUAUUUAUCUUGAAGUUGGAAAAAUUUAUCAAACAACUGAAAUCGUCGAAAUAGCAGUGAUAGUAAAUGGUUCUGCUAGUCAGCCGCAAGGAGAUGUCAGCUUAGUUUUGGACUUCGGAGACAGUACAAAUACAAAUAGCAGUUUAUCAAUGGACGCCUUCACUUUAAAAUCUAGUUUCAACACGACGCGACUGUACACAAUUCAAGGAAACUACACGAUUACUGCGAAUUUGACAUCGCCAAUUGGAUCAGAAAUUCUCGAGUCCAUCGUUUACGUUUGGGAUAAGUUAGCCGUUAAUUUGUCCUCGCAAGUAGUGAAGAAGGUUUAUGAAAAUAUUACUUUUGAAUUCGACAACACUCCGAAUUCGAAUUUCUUAUACAUCGUAGCGUAUGGUGAUGGUGAGACACGAAAGAACGACGAGGGCGACCUCUAUAGGUCGUACGACAUCCAAAGCUGGAAUAAAUCGUACGAAGAUCCGGAUUUGUACAACGUAACCCUGUAUGCAUGGAAUCCUUUAUACUCCAGUUUUUAUUCGUACUUGAUAUAUGUAUCUGAAGACCAGAUAACAAACUUCACAGUGGAUGGCGAUCCGUCCUCACCUGCAAUACUGAUAUCCAAAUACUCCGUCGACAUCCAGUUCAACUUUACUACCCUAAACAAUACUUUUGUACCAGACUUACUCUUUAAGGCUUCUAUCAACAACAUUAGUAUCGACACAAAUGGGGCAAAUAUCAAUCAGUUGGAUGACACUAUUGUUUUCACCAUGGACGCUCGUUUGAUGGCUAACUUCACCUAUGGUGUCUACGAGAUAGAUUUCUCACUACUGGCACAAAACGAGACGGAGGAACAUUUCGUUAACUUAACUCUAAUUUACGAGCAAGCUAUUGAAGAUAUAAUGGUGGAAUAUGAUCUCUAUACAGAAGUCGGUCACCAAUUACAAAUAAAUGCAACCAUUAUCAAUGGUUCUCACAUGAACACGGAGUGGUUCCUAGGCCCUAAAGACAAACAGCACUUCUUGCAUCCAUGCAACGAUACGAGAUCAUUUUCCAUCAACCACACAUUUGUCGAAACAGGGGAAAUCAAUGUUACCGUGAUAGGAAAGAACCUUGUAUCCCAAUUUAGUAAGAGUUUCAUUCUAUUCUACUACUACGCUAUCAAUGGAUACGUGUUGUUGCCCAAUGACACUGUGCAAACAAUUGAAAAUGCAACAGUUGUUAUAGAGGUGGAAAGUUCUGCAAACCAACCUCAAGGUAUUGUAGAUAUUGAAGUUCACUUUGGAGAUGGUGACUCGACAAAUAUAUCUCUAGAAGCAAGUGAUUUAAGCCUUGCAAGCGGUAUUCCCUUAACACACCACUACAUAUUCCAAGGCUACUAUACCAUCACCGCAAUUCUGUCAUCGAAUAUCAACAGCAUGAAUUUGACCAAAACUAUUGCAAUAUGGGAUAAACUUGACGUUAAGCUGGCACCAGUAUCUCCAACUCGAGUAGAUGAUGAUGCUGUGUUUGCAUUUGUGUCUACACCAAAUUCAAAUUUUCUUUACAAUGUAACUUAUGAUGAUGGAACCUACAUUACAAACAAGGAGAGCGAUUUGUAUCAUCACUACAAUUUUACAUCUUGGAAUAAAUCCUACUCGCAGCCAAAGAAAUUUUACAAUGUCACCCUUACGGCAUGGAAUCCACGACAUACGUCGUUUUACUGGAUUUUUGUUCUAAUUGAAUAUCCAUUGCAUGAGGGAAAGAUAGGAGUAUUUCCCAUCACAGAGAUGAUCCCUCGACCAGACGGACGACAGAACGUGACCAUGGAGUUGUUGGAAAACCUUCCUGAUCCAUCCAACGUCGUGUGUACCUUCGACAACGACGAAAAUGACGUUACCGUCAAUUAUUCGAUUGCAAGAUUUGGACGUAAUCACCCAAUACAAAGAAACUAUACGUUUAAAACAGAUGGGGACAAAAAUGUCACGUUCUCUUGUCAUAAUUCUGUCAGUAGUUAUAAAGGUUUUUCUGUAAUACAAGUGCGUUCUUUUACCGCAGAAGACUUCAAUUAUACAUUUCAAAACCCUGUCAACAUGAACAUGUCUCUUGUACCUACUCAAAGCUCCGAUGGAAUUCAUUUUCCGUACAAACCAAAGCAUGACGAAGUAAAUGUUACUUUUAAUUUAACGUUAUUUCAAUGUUCAAGAUUGCCCCCAAACAUAGAGACUGUAUGGAAAUUUGGGGACGGCACAAACGAGGAACGCCUCAUCUAUCAGACACAGUUUGAAUACAUUCACGAGUUUACGCAGCGAGGUAAUUAUACCAUGACCUUCCAAAUUCUCGAUCACAACUACAAUACAACGUCCACGUGGGUGUUCAACAUAACACUAGGAACUAUGAUUAUGUUUUGCGACAAACCUAGCAUUGACUUACGAAAGGAAAAUUUUACAUUAACUGCCACAAAACUGUUAGGAAAUGCAACUUACACUUUUGAAGUAGAUGUAUUAGAAAACAAUCCAAACAUAUCUCACUUGCAGGAAAUUGGAAAUGUAUAUGAGCCUGAGUAUGGGUACAGUACAACAAAUGUGAGUGUGCAGUUUUAUGAGUACGGUUUCUAUCUACCAAAAGUUACAGGGACAAAUGGGACGGUAACAGAGAUUGUGUAUCUUGACAAUCCUAUCAUCGCUGAUUACAACAUCACUGGUGAAAUAGACCUCGUUUUAAAUCCCAGUAACUGGAAAGUGGUGGUGCCUCCGGGGGAAGCUAUAUUCUACGUUGAAAUCAUGAACACUACAGACGAUCCCCUGUUUGGUAAACCAAAGAGACCCUUCACGCACUGUAGUCUUCAGACUGGGGACUUGGUGGAUAAAAAUGUUUACAACCAAGUCUUUAACAUCACGGCGGAUAAUCCGAUGCAGUUUAAUUAUACAUAUAUUUCGCUUGGAAACUUGACGGUGUCUAUAACUUGUCAUAACAAUAUAUCGGAAUUUAAGAUUGUGAAGCCGAUUUACGUUGGAAAUGACUGUUAUUCCAAGGUUGGUCUUUUCGACCGCAAAAAUUCCAUGCCCAAUGAAUCCAUGACCGUAUCAACAGCUACAGAUGUGUACAUUUACAGCAGAAUGGACGUUCGAUGUCUAGAGAAUAACACAAAUUACAACUGGACUAUUCGGAAAACAGAUGAGCUUGGUUCUGAUUUAGACCUCGUUAUCUAUGAUAACCCAUUGGGCACAAACACAGCGAUGUUUUUAAUCACCAAAGGAUCAUUCGAUGCAGGGCUUUACAGAAUAAAAUUGAAUGUAACUCUCACAUCAACCUACUUUUACGAGUAUACAUACAUGAUGUUUAAAGAUCCUCCACCUUUUGCCUAUAUUUCUGGGGGAAAUACAAAUACGAUUACUUCUUCAGUCACAUCUUACAAGUUUGACGCCUCCUUCUCCCACAACGGAAAAGGAGAAAGGAAUAACAUCAAUUUUCAAUGGACCUGCAGAAGAUUGACACAUUCUUUUCCAUUUGAAAAUCAUGAUGUUGAUAUGAGAACCGGGCAGAUUGUCAAUAAUUGUCCCGGGUCUGUGAAUGAAAACGACAAAUACCAAAUCCAAGGUAUCUCAUCGGGGGCCAGAUACGAAGCGACCGUUACAGUUAGCAUCAAUAACAGUCCUGGAUCUGAUGACACCUACACGCAAGUCUUAGUGGUGGACACUGGAUCCUUACCAAUUUUAUCACUCAGCUGUUCAAGAAACUGCCUGUCCAAAGUGGCGGUAGCCUCAUCCUAUGCUUUGAGAGGACAAUGUUCCAACUGUGAAGGUUCAGGAUUGAGAAAACUUGCAUCGGAGUGGAAGCUGUGGAUAGAAAAAGACGGAUCCCCAAAUGAAUUCACGAUGGUAGCAAAUUUCACCAAUAUGACAGAAACAACAGGUACGGUCAGAGAAGGCAUAAUCAUUGCUGGUCAUCAGUUGGAAAUGGGAACGAAAUAUCUCAUUGCUAUGAAGGGUUCAUUUAAUGACAGUUCCGCGACACCCAACUACGUAUACAGAGUAUUCAGAACAAACUAUCCUCCAUACAAUGGCGAAUGUCAAGUGAAUACCAGCGCAGAUACAAUCAACCGACUGAGUGUAGAUUGUAAUAAUUGGCUGGAUGAGGGCGUGCACGAUGCACGAGAUCCCAGCAGAGAUCUGAAUGCUGACAUAGCGUUGCAGUACCAAUACGAAACAGAGAUAAUCAGGAAUACGUCAUUUGGAGUACAGACGAUCACAACUUACCUGUACAGAGGAGGUGAAAGUACGAUCAAAGAUGUACCUGUACAAGCCGGAGAUAACUACACUGACUACAAUGUCACAGUGCGUGUCAGAAUCAUAGACGAGUUCGGAGAUUUUUCCAUUUCUGAAACUACUAUACAAAUAAUUCCGCCAACAAAGUCGGCUCAGAUAACGGUGAACAACGUGAACACUUUUUUUGAUGACGUCAUGACCUCGUAUUCUCAGGCUAAGGCUGGUGGUAACGAUAUGACCGCCGUAGGAGUCCUAGGAGCCGCCGCUUCACUCUUUGACAACGUAACAAAUACUACAUCGGUGCCAACUGAAGAAGAAGUGUUAGCGAAUCAUCGGAUAGCAGACGAUAACACAGUUAAUCCAAUCACUAACCCAGUAGAGGAGCUGUACACCCAGAAAUUGAGAGAAAUCAUAAACAUUCUUAAAUUUGAAAUUGGUCUUGACUGUACCAACAAUACCAAACGAUUCAGCAUCAACGAUAUUCAACAUUUAUUCGGCACUCUGGACUCCGUUACUCGACUAACACAAUACAUACCUCUAGAUGUCUUGGAAGAUCUAACAGGAUUCAUAUACAACAUGACCUAUUGCUUUGAAAGUGUCGUCAACAGUUUCGUGGAGGAUCUGGGUGCUGGUGUCCUUUAUAUUCCUGUUCAGUAUAACAAUAUCAUCAAAGACAUCAUCAAAGUGGUUCUAAGAGUUUUGAAUACAGUUAUGGAUAAAAUGCUACCUGCAAAACUGCAGAACUUGGAUGUAGAGCUUAACUUGGAGGAUAUAGAAACAGAACUUGAAUUAAAAACAGAAUUCGAAAAUAAGAUGAACGCACAUUUGGGCAUAUCUAAUGUUACAAAUUACAAAGGAAAAGCGGACCAAAUUCUUCUCCUUCGUCAACACGAGCGGGAUAUUCAGCUGAAUCAAACCAACAUCACUGCAAAAGUUCUUGUUUAUCACCAGACAGUUAUAGAAAAGAUUCAACAGAUUUCUUUGACAACUCUGGCACUAGGAGAGAAAUCCAUUGUAUCGACCUCGGUAUUGGACAUUGUUACACAAAGAAUAGUCCCAGAUGACAUGGACGAAACAUACAUGAAGAAGUUUGAAACCAACAAAACGGAACUGUUGGUAAAGAUUGUAGUUUAUAAAAGAAAUCCUUAUAACUAUGUGGAGAAUGCUUCGUCCUUGACCACUGGGGUUUCCUCUAUUGACCUCGGACCAGACGCAACCGUAGACUCUGUCAUAAAGAACCCACCGGUGCCUGAGCCCACAGUAUAUGAACCUAAAAUCCAAACUACCUACCCCGAACCGAUGAUUUACUACAAGUUUGAAGUGGAGAACGACGGGGACGCGGGAGUGGUCUUCUUCAAGCCUGACAAUUUUGAUAUAAAUAGCAAUUCUAACGACACCCUGUACAGUUUCUAUUUCAGUAGCGUUUAUUUCCCAACAUCUAGGGAUACAGAAAUUGUGGUAUCCAGUUCAAAUUGGUCAAAGGAAGAUGAUGGAUUUAAAAUCUUUUUGGAUGGCGGUGUAUGCAACAAAGGCCUGUGUUUUAUGGGGAUUAAACUAGGAGAAGUCGAUACGACUGAUGAUUCAACAGAUACCUCGUCUUCAAGACGUAAACGGCGAAGCACGAGCCAGGGAGUCACCACUCCGGGAUACAACGACACGGCUGCGUUUACCCCGACCAGCUCCAACUUCAGCAUGGCUAUAACAACCACUGGAUGCCGAUCAUAUGACAAGGCUACUAACACAUGGACGUCCGAUAAUUGCCAGGUUUUGAGGAUAAGCACGAAAGAAAAUACGGUAUGCCGCUGUACAGGAACAACAUUUUCUUCGACGUUUGUAGUACCUCUCAAUACUAUCGACUUCACCAAUAUCUGGGGAAAGUUCGAUCCUACUAAUGCUGCAGUAUAUGGCACGCUGAUAGCAUUCCUCGUCGUGUACGCCAUAGCUGUUGUUUACCUCAGACGUCAAGAUAAGAAAGACGAAGAAAAAUGGAGCACACAUUUCUUGAAAGACACAGAUGGUGCCGAUGCUUAUUUCUACUUAAUGUCAGUGCACACUGGGAUGCGUAAAGGCGCUGGUACUCUAUCAAACGUCAACUUUGUAGUAUCGGGUGACGAGGCUGAUACAGGAAUUAGGUCACUCAGUGAUGGUAUUCGAAAGGGUUUUCCUACUGGAAGCGUUAAUAAAUAUAUAAUGGGAAACUGUGAACCAUUGGGAAAUCUGACACAUCUUCGAAUUUGGCAUGAUAACUCGGGACCGAAAGGCAGUAGAAGCUGGUAUCUAAGUAGGAUAGUUCUUGACGAUUUAAAUACACAAGAAAGAUAUAUUUUCUUGUGUGACAAAUGGUUGGCCGUAGAUGAAGAAGACGGAAUGCUCGACAGAAUAAUUCCCGUAUCAUGCAGAGACGACAUCACAUCUUUUAAUACCCUAUUCUCCGAACACACACAAUCGAAUAUAACAGAACAACAUUUAUGGCUAUCCAUGUUCAUAAGGCCUCAGAGAAGCAUUUUCACACGCGUUCAACGUUUGUCGUGUUUGCUAUCUUUACUUUUUCUGACAAUGAUAGCCAAUGCCAUGUUCUUUACUUCUUCUGAUGAGGAGAAAGCAGAGGGGGUUUUGCAGCUGGGGGUAAUUAGGAUUUCAACGACAACCAUCAUGGUAUCCUUGAUAGGGAUUUCCAUCACAACACCGCCUGUAAUGUUUAUUACAUUUGCGUUUCGAAAAUGUCGUCCACCACCAAGUAAACAUAAGAAGGUGGAAAAAAAUAAGCCAAACUCUAAAGUAGCACACUGCGAUAAUGGUGAAGUCAAUGCCGGGAUUGAGGUUGAAGAUGUAGAUAUUGAGGACGAGAAAAAUGAAACACAGGACAAAAUUGGGAGUAAAAUGGAAGAGAAAAUAGACUUGGAGCAGUUGUUGGAGAACAAUUCCCUUCCCUUGCCACACUGGGUUCGAAGAAUUGCCUGGUUCAUUGUGUUUAUUUCCGUUCUUACGUCAGCUUUCUUUUUACUACUGUACAGCAUGGAAUGGGGGAUUUCCAAAUCAGAGGAAUGGUUGUCCUCGUUUCUAUUGUCCUUCCUGGAAUCCCUUCUGUGUGUUGAUCCGUUAAAGGUUCUUUUGAUCUCCGUUGUCUUCGCCUUGAUAUUCAAGAAAACGGCGGAUGAAUCUAUACCACCAAAAGUUGAUUUCAAACAGCUUCAAACAGUUUCCAAGUCAGGGUUUAAGACCAAAAGUCGAGAAGGAUUCAAUGCUUUGGUCACCGAUAUAGUAACAGGUCAGAAACCACUGUCUGAAACUCAAGUCGCAGCCAUGAGAAAAAAGAGACAAGAAGAGCGGACAGCGAGAAAUGCUGUAAUAACAUUGCUUGUGUAUGUAGUCUACGUAUCGGCCAUUUACAGUAUCAGUUACAUGGAACGCGACCAGCGGGCCUUCACGUUCAAACAAAGUUUGGAUGAUUAUAUGUACAGCUCAUACUCCAAGGUUAAGGAAACUGAUUCCUUCUUUAGUUGGUUGAAAGGUUCUCUUCUUCCAACAUAUUUUCCUCAGAAGAAUUACGCCAAUCAAACUAUUUUCUUCGCAAGAGAUCUACAAUACUUCGGGGACAAUGUCAGCAUUCGAAUAGGUCCCCCACGACUGAGACAGGUUCGGAUGGGAGAAGAUGAUUGUGAGUAUUCACACCUGACAUGGCCAUACCCUUGUUACGACCGGUACUCUAUGUCAGACGAGAGCGACAAAUCAUAUUGUGUAGGCUGGGUGCCACUUAACAACAGUUGUUCUGAUACCAGUGAUAUUACGAAGGACGCUUGGCGGUUCACCAGUGCGCUUGAUGUCUGGGGAAUCCCUAAGGCUGGUGAAUACAACACUUAUAGUGGAGGGGGCUAUAUCAUCAGUCUAAAGGAGACGAUAACCGAGGCCACAAAUAUCGUUGAUAAUCUACUGAACAAAACAUGGAUAGACAGACGUACUAGGGCUGUAUUUUUGGAGUUUACUCUCUACAAUCCAAAUGUAAAUCUAUUUGCCUACGUUAUGUUUCUUACGGAGUUUACCGAACUCGGGCGAGCUUUGAUUUGGUACGAAUCGGAAGCAUUUCGACCGAUGGCCUCUGCUUCGGCUGUAGGUUCUUACGUCAUAGCUUGUUAUUCCAUAUUCAUUGCUUACGUCAUCUACUCCUUUGUAAAAUUCGUCAGGGGAAUUAGAAACCUGGGCUGUCCUGGUUACCUGAAGUAUCCUUGGCACUACGUUGAUAUGAUGAUGGCGUUUCUAGGAUUUGCUGCCAUAGGCGUUUACAUAGUGCGUAUUCAAGCCGCGUCAAAAGCUAUGGAUCUCUAUUACGAGCAGUUGGCAACGGAGUCCAAAUUCAUUAAUUUUGCAAACGUUGUCAUAUGGGAUUCUACCUUUUCCAUCAUUUUCUCUAUUCUGGUAUUUAUAUCCAUCAUUCAGUUUUUGCGCAUACUGGGUUACAGCAAAAAAAUAACCGAAAUCAUUUCAGUUAUUACCAACAUAGGUCGAGACCUCUACGGAUUCAUGAUUAUGUUCUCUGUUAUGUUCUUUAAUUUUGUGGGUACGGGGUACCUCCUCUUUGGAUCAAGCGUCAAAGAGUACAAAAGUUUCUUCAGCGUCAUCGGAAGUUUGACGAACACCUUUAUCGGUGUCAAUAGUCUUGAUGCAUUGUUGGAAUCACACCCGACAAUAGCGCGAAUAUUCUACUUCAUGUACAUCCUGUUGGUCAUAAUGACGUUGUUCACUAUAUUCGCCUCUAUUCUGAACAAAAGUAUUUCUGAUGUCAAAUACGACAGUGCCAAUGCCGUGGAGGUUGUCGGGGUGAUGGAUAUUGUAUUGAAAACCGCCAAAUCAGCAUUUUCCCUUGUGCCGUCUGUCGGAAAAAAGAAUUCUGAUGAUGGCGAUGAAGAAAAGAGGAGUAAUCUACGAGAUGAAUUGCGCAAAGGGAAUGUAAGCCCUUUAAAUAUUAUGAGACUAGUUAGAGAAACAUUAAACAAUGUUGAAGGAGUACAGACGAAGCCAAGGGAGGACGCAGCAAAUGCGGUGACAGGAAUCGAAGAGUUCUUGAUCAACGUCGACAAAAAAAAUUCCGAGGCAGGUUCCGCUAGUCCAACACAGAAGAGCUGUGAUGAUGACGUCACGAUCGAUGACGAGGAAAAGAGAGUUCGAUUUCAGUUUAUUUGAAUAUUCCGUGUCUACAUUGUUAAUGUUGUUAUGUAUGUAUGUGUAGAACUAUGCAACUUGUUAAUUACAACUGAAAAGAAAAACAUAUUCAUCAGUUUGUUUUUCACCGACAAUCGACAACAGUGAAAUAACACUAAUUUUCAUUGGCUGAGUUAAUUUGUAUAUAUAUUGUUACAUAUUGUAUAUUGUUAUAUAUUGUAACAGCACAAGUACAAUCACAGGGUUUCCUCAAUGAUAUCCCUUCAUGAAGUGCAUAUAUCAUAUGAAUAAAUUCUUAUUAGUUUAUUACAAAGGCGCUUUUGUCUGAACUUGUCCCAGUAAAUUAUUCUGAAUACUCUAUAUUCUGAUCAUCAAAAACGAGCAGGAAACAAUUCACACCUCUCUUAAUUUUCAAGGUGUUUUUUUUUUACUUUCUCUCUCUCUCUCUCUCUCUCUCUCUCUCUCUCUCUCUGGACGAUGAAACCUGUCAAGUGAGUACGUCCUCACAAUAUCUAGAAGAGAAUACACGGAUAUGUUAUUGUAAAGGCAAAAAUGUACUGUGUUAGGUAUAGCAGAGACAUGUAUGGUAUAUGUAUGUCUCUGGGUAUAGCUAUAGGUACACUCAUAAAAGUUUACCUAAUACUCUCUUUAGAAUUAUGAAAAAAAAAGGUUUUGAGAGAGAAUAUUAGUGAGAACAUGUCCCCACAUCACCUGUCCUCACUAAUCUAAUAAUUUGUAUCUACAUCUUUCACAUGAUCUGAAUCACGUUUAUGGGGACGUAAUUGUGAGGACAGAAUUUUGUCCUCAUAAUGUACAUGUACUUUCUGUCCUCACAACUUCUGUCAAAUGGUUAAAAAUUGUCCUCGCUAUACUCUCUCUCUCUCUCUCUCUCUCUCUCUCUCUCUCUCUCUCUCUCUCAUGUUCCCUGUACCAAUACGCACAUUACAACAGUGUAGUCUUGUGACCAAAGAACAGGAGAACUGGAAAUGUUUUUAAUUAUUCUUCUUAACGACCGUAUCUUGAUUGUAACUGUACGCAAGACUGAUACAAAUUCAGAAUAAAGCUGUCUCAUUUAC